GAGGAAAGUUGAGGCGAGCUCUGGCAGUGUUUAAAUAAGGAGGCAGCGGGCAGUGGCACUGAGCCUCCGGCACAUAAACCCCGCACCGACAUAAAUACACCUCUAUUAACAUCCAGCUCGCUGCCCGUGUACGCGCCGAGGGAGGUCAGCGACAUCAAAUAUUCCCUCCCAGAAAGCAGGAGGGAAAGGCAGCGCAGCCUCCGCAAUCAGCACCAGACAGAGGUUCUGCAAAGCUGCAGCUGCAGCGCGGACUGUGCAUGUCUACAGCUCAGCCCUUCCCUUCACUGGAUCAUUGCAUCGGAAUGAGCACUGAACUCAAGCAGCCCGCUGGCAGCUCCUCCAGCUAACCCAAUCAAUCCAAGGGACACUACAAGGCUUGUCAAGCCCCAAACAAGCGGCUGGAGACAGACGUGGUCGUGGAAGUGGAACUCCCAUGUUCUAGUGGAGUGGUACAAUUUCACAGUGGAAGGGAGGGACAGAUUUGGAAAGGAAGAACAGCACUGAGUAGCUGCCACCUCUGGCAUCUCAGCAGCACCAUGGUGCAGGAGCCCCUGCCGAGCAACACGUAAAAGACCUCGGAGGGAGCAGCUGCUGGAGAGACCUGUGUCGGACAAGUUGCUGCAAAGAAGGGGGAGGAAUGUCAUAGAACAGCACCAGCCCAAGUCAGAGACAGAGGCAGAAGGGAGAACCAGGGGGGCAGCGUGCAUGGGGGGCAGGAGCAGGAAUUGAACGAGGGGAAAUAAUUGAUGGCUCGCAUUUAUUGCGCAAUCGUGUCCAGUCUCCCGGCCAACUCCGAGGAACAGAAAGCUGAUUCAUGGAUCACUGGUGGCUUCCUGUCUCCUCCGUCCCUCCCGCAGAGAAUGCUGCCUGAGACUGUGCUGUGAGCCAGCGCCGCGCUACCGGAGGCUCCUGUCUUAGCAGUCACCCUGGCGGCUUGGGAGCCCUGGAUGCAUCGCUGUGCUGGGGAAUCACUGUGUUACUUUCUGGGUAUUUGCUGAUUUGGGAAACGACAUGCAGCUCCUGAAAGCUUUAUGGGCACUAGCAGGAGCGGCGAUCUGCUGUUUUCUUAUAUUUGUUAUCCAUUCGCAGUUCCUGAAAGAAGGUCAACUGGCUGCAGGUACGUGCGAGGUUGUUACAUAUGACAGAGAUAGCAGUCAGCCCCGAAGGACUAUAGCCCGACAAACAGCUCGCUGUGCAUGUAAAAAGGGACAGAUUGCCGGCACAACAAGAGCAAGGCCAGCCUGUGUAGAUGCACGUAUUAUAAGAACAAAACAGUGGUGUGAAAUGCUUCCAUGUUUAGAAGGAGAAGGCUGUGAUUUAUUAAUCAAUAAAUCAGGCUGGACCUGUACGCAACCUGGUGGGCGAAUAAAGACAACUACCGCAGAAGAGCUUGACUGUUUAUGCUAAACUGAUUCAUACCAAAUUGUCUACACCCAGAUUUGGAUGGUCUCAACUAACAGGUCUCCUGACAAAUGCAGCAACAGUACCCUGCAGAAGAAGAAGAAGUUCAGGCUUGUGAGAGCUAUGUACUUUAGACAAUUUCACUGCUGUGGAUCAUCAUCUCAUAUGUCAUCAACUCUGUCUGUUUCCCAAUAUCUCAUAAAUGACAGCCUAAUUUUUCUACAUUAUGAGCUAAACUUUGUCCUUCCAUAUAAAGGAUCGCAGAAGAGAAGAGUAUUGAAUGUUCAUAUGAGAUAUGUUUGGGCAUUAGCAAUACAGUUCAUGGCUAACAUUUCACCUAUGGUAUGUGUACAUCUCUGCUAGACUUGAUGUUACCAUCUUGUUUGAAACUGAAUAUUCUACCACUUUGAAGAGUAUUCGCCCUCCCCCAAUCAGCCUUAGAAAGAAGACUGUUUUGUCUACGAGAGGACUAAGGUACUAAAGAGAGUGACUUCUUGUGCCCUGGACUGUCUGAAUUGCUUUUAUUUUCUUAUAUGUUGGAUAUACACACAAUAGACCAAAGAGUAAAGCCUAUGUUAAAAUGGACACAGACCUAAUAUCGUCACGCAUAUUGGGGUUAAUUGUAAAGGUUUAACAUGAAUGCUUACUUAUGAUUUAACAAAGGACAUGUUUUCAGCAUUCCUAACGCUGGAGUUUUACUAUCCAGUGGACAUCUAUAAGGACAACUGCAGCAAAAUGGAUGCAGAAAAAAGCUCUUCAAAAGAACAUCUAAGAAAUGUAAUGGAGCAUGGAGAAUACAAUAACAGCCUAUGUUUUAAAACACAUUUCACAAAACAGAAACUGUCUCAAUGAUAUCUUUACUCCUCUGUACGUAGAAUGACAUUCCCAUACUUAACUCAUUUUCAGUUUUAACGAGUAAAAUAUGCCUCUUCUACAAUUCCAUUUUGAUAGUUGAAAUUGGAUAAACAGUAUUUGCAAAAGAGCAUGUUUGGUCCCCCGUGGGCUCAUUCGGUACACCAUUUAGCACCAGAAAGAAAAUUAAAGAAAAAAAGUGACACUUGUUUGAAAGAGAUCAUUAAAUGUAUUUUGAAAAGCCUAAAGUUAUAUAUUUAACAGUUUUUAUAUGUUGUAUAUUUGUAGAAAAUCCUAUUUAACAAUUAACGUGGUAACUCUGCAAUGAAAAAUGUCAGAGUUCUGUUGUGUUUAUUACUUCAGUUGUCUCUGAAGUCACCAGUGUAGUUUGCUUUCUUCCAUUGGGACGUUUUGGAUGUAAAGCAUGAGCAGAGAGGACUCUGUAGAAAAAGCAAAGAAUAAUGUUUAUAUAAUAUAAAUGCAUUCAACCAUUGCAUUCUUGGAAGGCAUUUUUUUUGCUUUUGUGUACUGGUAAAAUAGUUGAAAACAUCUCUACAUUGAUUUUUCCUAUUACUUUGAACCCUUUUUAUUAAUGCACAUAUUCUACAGUUUAUAGGGAUAUUUAUGGAAGGUACACAUGGUUCUCUAACUAAAGAUACUUUAGUAUGCUAUAUGCAUUAAUGGAAAAUAUAUUAUUGUAGGCUUUUUAUCACUAUCACACUGUUCUACAAAUAGAGAUUCCGUCCUACAUUGAUAAAUUAUGUAUAAAAUUUAGAAUAUAAAAAUGAGGACUAUUUGUACCUGAAAAUAUAUCUCAUAUACUCUGUACAAUAUUUACCUCAUCUAUAGGAAUCUAUUUUUAUUCUUCAGUUUCAUGAAGCAAGCAAUUAAAAUUGGAUUGUGUGGAACUUAGGGCACAAGCUAUGAAAUAUAAUUAUUGUGGUUUUUUUUUAGAAAUACUAGUGUGUUACAAAUUAGUGUACUGUCUUCCUGGCAGAAUUUAUUUUCAAACAUACAUUACUUUACAAUGGUUUGAGAGAAAAAAACUACCACAUUUAACCCUUUCAUUUUCAUUUAUCUAAAUUCUCUUUAAAUCUAGCCUACUAAUUUAGAGGUGACAUUAAACCACAGGCUAAAAACACGUAUCUCAACUGAGGUCGAGGAUGAUCAGAGAGGGAAAAGGGACAAUAUGCACACAGAUUUGAAUACUUAAUAGCUUUGGAUGGAUUGCAGGUUUCAAAUUAUUUUAUUGUAGGGCUGCUGUUACAAUUGUUUAAGUUAUCAUGAGAUUAAAUAUAUUUUGACAUAAUCCCUUUUUGUUCCCUUUCGUUUGACUAAUAUGAAUUAUUUGAGUUCUGUCCAAGUUUUUUGUCCAACACCAUUUUAAAUUAUUAGGUAAUAAUCAUGUAAUAAAUGGUGUUACAUAUUUGGAUUUUAAUUCACAUGAGUCUUAAACAUAUUUUUAUCUCAUUGCAUUAACUCCUUCACCUCAUAGAGUAAAUUGUAAGAAUUUGUUUCAGUGAUAUAUUAUCUAAAAAGUUCAUACUUUUUUUUAAUUAACUAUAUAUCCCCAAUUGAUAAUUAGAUGAUUAGGGAAAUUAUUAUUAUUAUUAUUAUUAUUAUUAUCUCUCCUGCUGAUCUAUGAGUGAAAAUAAGCAAGUAUUAAAGCUGUUAUAACAAUAGACAGCUAAUUUGAGGAGGUUCAAAAAAUAGUUGAAAUUGAGAGAAAUGUGAGAGUCUAGACAGCCAUGAAUAGACAGUCAACCAACGCAACUAUUAUUGGGUAAUGCAAUUCCAGGAUAUGUUACAUCACCUCAACUUCACUUGGACUUCAGCUUGUCUUCACCUCAUCUUCACCCUAACUUCACCUGUUGUUUUACCAUGCAGUCAUAUAGUUUCCUGUGCAACCAUAUGGGAGUGCAAGGUGAAGUCUUGGUAAAGUCAAGGUGAUGUUGAAGCAAAGUCAGGGAGAAAAUGGGGUGAAAUCGAGGUUGAAGUUGAUGUGAAAUCAAGGUGAUGUAACAUCACCUACUGUAAAUUUAAAUUGCCCCCCUUAGUGUUUUACUUAUUUAUAAUAAUCAUGAUUCACUCUGUGAUAGAGCUUAAUAUUGUAUGGAAGAUAAGUUUAACUAUUUACUUGUCCAUUUAUUUGAAUCCAUUACUACCAUCCCAAUCAGCAGCAGCUGAAGCCCCUGGGCUGCAGCACUGACCAUAUAGUGCAGGGUGGAACCACUUAGCGCAUAUGUACUGUAUGUAAUUUAUGUGCUUUCUGGUUGCCCCGGGGAUCUGAUGCACUGAGUGUAUCUGAAGGCCAGCAGCAUCUGGGAAUCAAUGUAAGGCUUCACUUCUAAGCCCACUCCCAGACUCCCAUUGGCUAGUAUCACAGAAGACGGGAUAUGGGCUUAGGAGUGUGUUAAACCUUAUGUUGAUUCCCGUGAGCCACACAGCAACAGAUACACUCAGUGCAGCCAAUCCCUGGGGGAACCAGCAAGCACAUAUAUUACAUACAUGAUAAUGUGUGUAAUAUAUGUGCUAAGCGGUUCCCCCCUGCACUUUAUGGUCAGCACUGCAGCCAAGGAGAUGUACAUGCUGCUGAUCCCAAUAGUUCUAGGCCUUUGCACAAUAGGAAAUAGAUCAAAGUAAUGAAUGCUGGGCACAAAACUCAGCACCCUCUCACAUCAGUUUGAAAAUGCUUCCAGUGGAUGAAUCAAGAUGAUUUGGCCCAUGUGCACAAUCUGUAAAGCACAACACUCAGUGUAAAGUAAGUGCUGUGUUACAAGUGCCAAAGUGCGAAUUAUGGACUUGGGUUAUACUGAAUCUCAACAAUGCGAUUGUAAUAUUACCAUCAAUUUUCUCCAGUGUAGCAGCAAUAAAAUCUCACUUUUAAUAUUAGUCCAGUGGUAGGUGGCGUACCAAUUAGAUCUAUUUUAUACAUGCUAAAGCAUAAAAGACUAUUGGAAGGUCUAAUUUUAUACCAUAGGUAAAAAUGAAUGAAAUAUUAAAAAAAAAGAAAAAUGUAAUUAAAUGCACACAGAAUUAAUGUUGCCUCAUGACAAAAAAAAUCUUCUAAUUCUGUCUAUGCAGCACUGGCCCUGCCAUCCUUAUCUUCAACAGUAAAUGAACAACAGUUGCAGAUUUUAUUAUUUAGAAAACUAUUUUUUAAUUAAUCCAAGUUUCUUUUAUAAUUGGCCCUUCAGCAUUCACAUAGCUUGAAAAAGUGGAUUCAAAUUUGGGGAAAAUUUGGGGAGUUUAAUAGGGGUCAUUCCAAUUAGGUGUAAGUUGGCAAAAAGUGAGUUUGUAUCAUGAAACCCUCAUACUGUACAUCGCGGCAAUGUGUACACCACAGAAAUACAUUAGUCAAUUACAAAUUAAAAUUUGCAGUAGUCGUUACGAGUUUGUGUGACUUUUGUACAAAAUACAACCUAGGAGCAGUGCAUGAAAAAGUGGGGAAACCAUUCUGGACUGAAAAAAAUGGUAACUGAUAUAACAGGACCAUAUAGAAGGCUGUUAGUGGCCAUAAGAAAAGUACUGGGCAUUCUUAAAAGGUAUCAAUGGCUGAUUGUGCACUUUCUAUUUAUGGUUGAAAAAUUAUAGCAAGCGUUUUUCAGCAAAUUAAAGUCUUUACAGCAUUUUAGGAUACAAAAUAGUCUGCAUAGUAAGUCAUUUUUCAGUUUACUUAUACAAGUUUAUAAUCAGCUGGAAUAAACAUGUUUACCUCUCAUCUGAAAGUUCAAAAACCCCUCUCCCAUCAAUACAAUACCUGUCCCACAUCAUUUAAUCUAUUGUUGGACUUUGUAGAGAAAUUCACCUGAAAACUAACUUGUCUUUAUGAGCUAAAUGAUGCUACUUAAACACUCCAAGUGCAGGAUCAUUCAUUAGGAGGGCUGUACUAGAGUUUCUAUAUUGUGUCCUGACAUUUUUACCUUAUUAUAAAGAUUUUCCCUACUGUACCUUUUCACCUGCUCAAAGCGGUGCGUGACAAAAAAAAAUGAGAAUUUCAUCUAUAAAGCAAUGCGAGCUUGGAAGUAGAUUGGAAAUGUAAGUUGCAGUGUGAGUUCACCAUAAGAAUUGCUUGCGGGACCAAACUCGCACCUAAUUGGAUUGAUCACAUAAUGUGAAAAGUUGGAAAAAUCAUGAAAGCAAUGGUCACCUGUACUAGAGAGAAAAGCAUCAACCACUAUUAGUCAACAACAAAUUAUACACAGUACAUAGACCCAACAAAAACAUUUUUAUUUCCUAAAUGUGAAUUUAUUUUGGUUGUUAGUGUAGGAAAUAUCCAAGUUACUGUAUGAAGGGUUAAUUAUAAAGGUUGAGGAAAAUUAAAAUGUUUCUAAUAUAUUCUUUUAUCAACUGUGGUAUGUGAAUUUAUAAAACAUAAGAGUACUGUAGAUGGCCUAUUUAAAACAGAGUUAUUGAAGGGCCUUCUUGCUACUUACACUGUGCAAUUCUUUCAAAUGCAUUUUAAUGGAUGGUGAUGUGUCUUUUCUGGUAGACUUUAAACUCAGGGAUGAAGGGGUUAAUGUUCACAAAAUGGAGUCGAGUAGUUAGAUUUUAUGCACUCAACAGCUAAAAGUGUUCCAUUUUUAUUGCUUUAAAGUAUUUGCUGUUGUAUUGGUAUAGCUAAAUUAUACAAAUAAAGACAAGUCUUUUUUAUGGA